AUGGCAGAGGAAAGCUUUCGAGUUCGGCUCCAAGAGGUUCUAACAACCACCCGAAAUGUCCUCCUAAACGACAACUGGGCAACUAAAGGUAGGUGUCUCAGAUUGCCAAUUGAUGAACAAUCGAACCCUAUUGCGACUCUAUGUUCUCUAGAAACUUAUCUUAAACAGACUGGCAAGAAUGUCGAGGCUUGUGCCAUCGCAGAAGUUAUUAAUAUUGCCACUUCCUCCCCAGAUUAUGGGGGCAUGGGCUUGUCUCGGAACGAAAUAUUGUCGGCUAAAGACGGCGACGAGCUAAUUCUACUAACAUCAGCAUGGCUUGAGUCUUUGAACUCGGCUGAGAGACGCGGUGGGCCAAUUGUUCCCUUGGCCAGCCGCCCCGCGACUCGGCGUCCAAUGAAUGUAACAGAGAAAAUAUUUGCGUUGCACGAUGUGGACCAGCCGGGCUGGGUUCGUACCGGUGAUAUUAUUAGGGUCUCUGUUGACUGGGUCAUGGCCAGUGAGGCAACAUGGCACGGCAUGCUUCAAGCAUACAAUAAGUUGGGAGACCCUGGAAUAUUCUCAAACUCGAGAUUUUGGUUGGCCGGCGACCAUGUCGUCGACCCUAGAAUCAUGGAUACGCCGCUCGUGCAAAAGCUCGUUGGUGAAAUGGACUUCGCGCGGAAAAGGUUUAAAAUGACAGAAUUCCAAGGACACAACUACACCAUCAUGCAUACUGAGUUUUACCGAGAACGUGCGCAGCCUGGACAAAUCAUCAUCGGCUCAGACUCUCAUACCUGCAGUGCUGGGGCCAAUGGAUGUCUUGCUGUUGGCUUGGGUGCCACCGAAGUGACAAUGGCACUUGUUACGGGGGAAAUAUGGUUUAAGGUUCCUGAGGUGGUUGAAAUACAUCUUGUUGGGAAGCCACAAAGGGGAGUUGGUGGCAAAGAUAUCAUUCUUUACAUUCUGCAGCAACUAAAGCGCAACACUGUGGCAGCUGAUCGUGUUGUCGAGUACACUGGGCCUGGCUGUCGAUGGCUCAGCCCUGACGCCCGUUUUGCUAUUGCCAACAUGACUACAGAAUUUGGAGGCAUUACAGGCAUAUUCGUUCCCGACGAAGUCACGAAGAAUUUUAUUGACUCCCGUAAAACAGCUCGCCAUAAAACGACAUCUUACUACUUUAAACCAGACGAGGGCUGUUCUUAUGUCGAGUCUCAUAUUAUUGACAUCUCCAAGGCCCAGCCAUUUGUGGCCCGUUAUCCUCGACCGGAUGACGUUGUCCCUGUAUCAGAGCUAGCUGGCACUCAGCUUGAUGGGGUUUUCAUCGGAGCAUGCACAACCGCAGAGGAAGACCUUAUCAUGGGUGCUCUCGUGCUCCAGGCCGGCUUGGAUGCAGGUAAAAAGCCAGUUGCGAGAGGUAACCGGCGAGUUGUGCCUGGCAGCCGUCCUAUUGCUGACUACCUGCGGAACUCGGGACUUGCUGAUAUCUACGAGCGUGCUGGUUUCUCCAUUGGCGUCCCAGGGUGCAGCUACUGUGUGGGUAUGGGUGCAGAUAUGGCUAAGCCGGGCGAGGUUUGGCUGAGUAGCCAGAAUCGAAAUUUCGAAAAUCGAAUGGGAAAAGGGGCUAUUGGAAGCUUAGCAUCUGCAGCCACGGUGGCCGCAUCGUCAUUCGACAUGUUUGUGACCUCCCCGUCAGAACUUGUUGAUGCUAUUGCAGAUGAGCGCUGGAACUCCAUUAAGGGUAAAGGUUCUCUUCCAGAAGGUUCACUCGCCCAACCUCAAUGGGUGGAACCACCAGGCCAUGAUUAUAAUGAAGAGGGAGAAGCGCGACAUACCCAGGGCUCUGGAUCAAUCGGUGAGAACUCUGGAGUCGAUGGGUCAAGUUCCAGAUCUGGCAUUAUUAAAAGCAAAGUUUUCCGGAUGGGAGACUUUGUCGAUACCGACGCACUUGCGCCGGCCCAGUAUCUUCUUGUUUCAAAGAACAACGAAGAACUAGGUACCCAUUGUCUGGAACAUACAAUCCCUGAAUUUCGUCAAAAGGUUCAAGAAGGCCACCAGGUGGUUGUUGCCGGUAAAGCAUUUGGAUGCGGAUCUAGCCGCCAGGAGUCAGUGCAGUCUUUGCUUGGUGCUGGGGUAAAGUGUGUGAUAGCAGAGAGUUUUGCAUUCAUCUAUAGUCGAAACCAGCCAUCUCUGGGCCUUUGGGGCUUUGUUAUCGAUGAUCCCCAAUUCUAUGAGAAGGAAACAAUGGGAAAGGAUAUUGAAAUUGACCUAGACAACAAUCUUCUGACCAUAGAUAGGGUAAACUUCGGGUUUCAGCUUUCCCAACUCGAGAAGAAACUUACUAAGCUUGGAGGAUUGACAAAUGCUUUCAACCAGUUUGGAAAGAGAGUUUACGACGUCUUGACUGGACAGAAAUCUCCAGAAAAAGGACUUACGAAAGAAUUGAAGCCUAAACCGACCAAUGAUGUAAUGGCCUGGUGA